AUGUCUCUUUUUGAAGGAAGCUGGAUUCCAAUCAUCUUCUGUGUGCUCUUUGUAGCAUAUAAAAACCUGCCUUUCGUGUGGCAUGUCCGGUUCCUCCGCACUCUUUUGGCACGCCUUGUCCUCAAAUCAGGAUCGAGCAAACCACUCAGCCCAGAAUGUCUCUUUCUUCCUGCCAUCCACCGAACACGGUCCCCGCUCACAGAGUGCGACUACAACAUCCACAAAUCCAACUCCACCUACUUCACGGACCUGGAUAUCUCCCGAGGCAAUCUGAGUCUGAUCUUAUUCAGCCAGCUUUUGUCUUUUUGUCCAACGUCAGACACGGCCGUCAUGAUUCUAAGCGGAGUGCAAUGCGUCUUCCGCAAGGAGAUCAAGCCCUACCAACCCUACGAGGUCUGGUCGCGCGUGAUGAGUUGGGAUGAAAAGUGGAUAUAUAUCGUCUCACACUUUGUGGAAAGAGGCAAAUUCCAGCCCCGAGAAUACUAUUUCCAAGGCGUGGCCUCUGAAGCUACCCAACGCGGAGGGCCAUCAAGCAAGAAUCAGUUGUGUAAGGGCAAUGUGUUUGCCUCUGCGGUUUCUCGAUAUGUUUUCAAGCAGGACCGCAGGACAUUUCCACCGGAGGCUAUGCUCGUCAAGUGUGGGUUGCUGCCGGCCAGAGAUGGUGCCGAGGAGGCAACGUGGCGGUCGAUUGAGGACCGGAGACGGCGGGAUCUUGAUGCUGCGCAGUUGAACUUGGGAUGGGAUGCGGUUCAUGAGGCUUUUGAUGGAAAGAUAAUCAAAGCUCUUGGCUUGUAUACAGACUUUUUGUGGCGGUAG